UCAAAUAGUUACUAAAUUGAUUCUUUCGGCUAAUUUAUCAAAAUUAAUAGUUAUUGACGCUACAUAUUUGGUUUAAAAGAUCAAAAUUUUCUUUUGGAAAAAAAUAAAAAGUUAUUAUAAUUAAAAGAAAAAACCUAGAAAAUUUUAUUGCUUUGAAAUUUUAUCUUUUGAUAAAAAUAUUUAAACAUGGAUCCUGAAGUUAUUGAUAAAAAUUCAAUAAAAAUUGUGGAAAGUAUUAUUGAAAAAUUUAAUUUGGCAAUAGAAAAUAUUCAGUCAUCUGCAACCGACCAAUUAGAAAAUUUGAUUUCUACAUUUGAAGACAUAAACAAAGAAGAUAACAUAAUUCAAUUAACCGAACAACUUAUUCAUAAAUCAGAAUCAUCGAAUGAUUUGUCUAUAGGAGAAUGUAUAUCAAAUGUCAGUUCCGUUUCAAAUCCAAAAGAAACAUCAGGAUGGUUUAAUACAUGGUGGUCGAAAGUUGUAAACCACAAAUCAAGUGAAAAAAAUUUAAUAACAUCUAUUACAUCAAUUAGCUCUACUAAUGAUGAGCUAAGUGCAGAUGAAUCUGCGUUAAAUCAAGCAAAAAAGUCUAUAAAACAGCUAGAAGAUCAAGGACCGGCUGGUCUAGUUCACAUUAGUGCUUUGAGUAAUGUCGUUAACAGAAGAAUACUCGUAUGGACAUCAUCUACCAAUUUAUAUCACGAUACAGGAAAAAAACAUCCCGGUGAUCCUAUUAAUAUACAAUUUCAUUCUCAACCCGAAGAAAUUCAAGGACAUUGGACGCUUUUAGGUAACGAAGAUCCCAAUGUUGAAGCGGAUUUAAAUGAUUGUCUCUUUGCGACAAUUGCAGCUCAAACUGGUCACAAACCAGAAGAAUUACGAGCUGCAACCGUUGAGAAAAUGCGAAAAAAUAUUCGAAGUUUGGCUAAAAGAAUAAGUGAAUUAGCAAAACAAGAACAAUGCGGAAAAAUUGUUCUUAUGGUCGGUGGCGCCAGAUAUGAUGGCAAAUCAGCUAAUGCAGCCAAAAAAAUUCUAGACAAUUCUCAAUGUGGGAGAAGUCAUCCCAAUCAUGCUCAUGGCCAUCCAAGAGGCCAUGCCUCACACCCAUCAGCAUCUGGCGCGACUGAAAGCGCAGAAAAUUAUUCUAUUGGAACAUGGAAAACUGCAUUUUUAUCACGGAAUGAUCAAGAUGUAGUUGGUCAUCUUGCAUUAAAAACAAGAACUGCUCAAGUAGCUAUGGAAAGACUUAAUCAGGGCGGAAUAAGGCAGGUGGUACAUAUUCCAUCUUCUCAAAUUCAAGAACAAUUACCACAAGGAGCUCAUUUUAAUAAUGGUCGUAUGGGAAAUGUAGAAAAUAUCAAAGAUUUGGUGUUGGUACUUCAGCAUUUUGCUGGACAUUAUGGUGAUCCAAGCCAUGAUGUUUUUGUGCACACUUUUUAUCCCAGACUAAAUUAAUCAUUUGUAUAUCUAGAAAGUGACUAUAUUCUGUAAUGAAUUAAGAAAUUUUAUGAUUAACAGCAACAGCCCGUUCAUGUAUCAUUUACAAAAUAUUAA